AUGGAUACCCCACCCACUCUCACCUCCUUAUCGCUGCGCCUAGUUCCAGUUGUCAACAUAUCUACAGACUUGUCUGAGACUCCCGUUGAGUCUGUUCAACUGUCCAUAAGACAAGAAGGCAGACCAAAGCCGUUGGCUGCUAUCCUAUCAGGCAGUGAAGAGCUUAAUGGAAACUUGCUGAAAGUCAUUCCCGAGUUUGAGUCUUCUUUGGUGAACUCGAGGCUGACUAUGGUUGAAAACCUCACUCUAGCAAUAAAACUCUGGGAUGACGAAGUGGAGUGA